AUGACCACAAUGCCACCGGAAAUGUCCACAACUACGGCAGCCGUUGGGGACACACCGGGCAGUCUCACGACUUCGCCCUCGGCCACGCAGGCGCCGCGUUCCCGUUUCAUGAUCACCGACAUUCUGGCGGGGAGCGCCGCUGCUGCUGCGGCUGCUGCCGCUGCCGCCGCAAUGGCUGCCGCUGCCGGACGCAGUUCCGCCAGUCCGCCGGAAGAUUGCUACGCCCCGCCGCCAACCCGCGAUCCACAGCAGCAGCAAGCGCAGCAGACACAGCAGCAAGCCCAGCAGCAGGCUGCACUGCAGCAUUAUCUGGCGCAGCAGCAGCAAUUGCUGCGCUUCGAGCGCGAACGUGAGCGCGAACGCGAGCGGGAACAGUAUCAUCAUGUGGCCCCGCUGCUUGCCCACUUUCCACCCAGCCACUAUGCGGUGCUCCAACAGCAGCAACAGCAUCCACACGCACAUCUACAUCCGCAUCCGCAUCAUCAUCAGCUGCAGUUGGAGCGCGAACGUCUUGAGGCGCUGCAUCGUCAUGGCGCCGGCGUGCCGCUCGGCGGCGCAUCGGGUCAUGUGGAGGGCCAAGACGAACGAUCCCGUUCGCCGCUCGUCCUACAUUCGCUGGGCGGCAGCAACAACAACAACAGCAACAACAACAACAACAACAGCAGCAACAACAGCAGCAGCAACAACAACAUUAGUGGGUGUAGCAACAGCAACAACAACGGCAACACAAGCGGCCUGCUGCUGGGCGGCACCGGCAGCAGCAUCAGCGGGGAUCAGGCGAGCACCAUUGACGACAGCGACAGCGACGAUUGCGGUGGCAAAGACGACGAUGGCGAGGAUAGCCUGAAGAAUGGGAAUAGCGGCGCCAAUGGCGAGUCCCAUUUGGGCCUCAGCCUGAGCAAGAAGCAGCGAAAGGCGCGCACCGCUUUUACGGACCAUCAGCUGCAGACGCUGGAGAAAUCCUUUGAGCGGCAGAAAUAUCUCAGCGUACAGGAUCGCAUGGAGCUGGCCAACAAGCUGGAGCUGAGCGAUUGCCAGGUGAAGACCUGGUACCAGAAUCGCAGAACCAAAUGGAAGCGCCAAACCGCCGUCGGGCUGGAGCUGCUCGCCGAGGCUGGCAACUAUGCGGCCUUUCAGCGGCUUUAUGGCAGUGCCACGCCCUAUUUGAGCGCCUGGCCGUAUGCAGCCGCUGCGGCAGCACAGACACCGCACGGUGCACCGCCCUCGGCCAUUGAUAUAUACUAUCGCCAAGCGGCAGCAGCCGCCGCACUCCAGAAGCCAGCGCUGCCCGCGACCUACAUGUACCCCAGUCGCAUGCCACCGGGCAUGGGGCUGCCGGGCAUGCCGCCGCCGCCAGGUGCCGCGCCCAUGCUGAGCGGCUAUUAUGCGCCGCCGUUGGCGCCGCGCGAACGCUCGCCGGCGACCAGCCAGAGCGCCAACAGCGAAGCCGAAUACGAGCGCAGCAGCAGCAGCCGGCAGCGUCUGUUGACGCCAAGCCCGCCCCUCAAUCCAGGCAGUCCGCCAACGCGACGGGAGCAUGCCGCCGAGGAGGCGCCACCGAACGCGGCCAAAACGUCCGAAUCGGAGUCGGAGCGUAUUGAGCUGACGACGCUGCCAGCGGUCGAGGUGGAUGAGGAUGAGGACGAUGACGAGCUGGCGCUGGAGGUAUGAGCGCUCGGCUCAAGGCUGGAUCUCAGACGGCGAUUACAACGGGACAGCUCCAAGACACCCAGCUGUAUGCUCAGCUGCCCCACGUAAAUGUCUCA